GUCGAAUACAUGUGGAAUUGGACAUUUACGGGUGUCACGGUCUUGUUCCUCGUGCACCGAUACGUCCUCCUCCUGUCUGCCGUAUCAGGCAUAAUGUCUGUCCUUGACUGGAGAGAUGCCACGCUAUGAAUGGUUAUACGACUUGCAAUACGCACUAACCAUCAUCCUCAUAUUUGUCAUUGCAUGGUUCUCGGCUCUUCGUGUCUAUGUUGUUAGCCAUCUAAACCGGUGGCCAGCGGUUAUAACCCUGGCCGCAGCGGUUGUCGCUAUUCCUGUUUCAUUAUUUGCUGACAUACGAUCGUCGCGAGCCUAUGUCAUCUUUGUCGGCUCUGUUCCGAUAUGUACGAAAGCGCCGACUUUCUCGGGCGCCUUGAAUACUCGAUGUAACCCAUUAAUUAGUGUUGCCCUCGCUCGUGUCUGAUGCUAAUGACUCGUGUCUUGCAGUGAUGUAUGCGGUUCGGCUCAGCGCCAUCUUCUCGGAUCUGGUCGUGCUCUGCUGCACUUGGUCGUUUUCCGGCAUCGUGCUUGACCCAAGAGAACUCAGAGGAGAAUUUGUCAAGUUGAUCCUACAACAAGGGACAACGUAUUUCAUGGCCGGCGUC